CCGUGGCUCCUGCGAUCGUGCUUCGGUCCUGCCUGCCACAUGUCUGUUGUUUCAUGCGUUUUGCGACUGCCAUUACUCGCCAAAUAAGAGAUCCCAGUUGGAUUAUUAUACAUCGUCACCAGGAGAGCAUCAUUCCAGCAUCAUCACCUUUCCUCCCAAUUCUGUACCGAGCACAUUUCCAAAGAACCAAUACAAUACGACCACCCAGCAGCCCUACAAACCAAGCAUUUCUCCACCCACCCAACAAACGGCCAACAUGACAACAUACAAUCCCCCAUCCUUCCCCCACCGCCCGAAGCACCGCAACAUCUUCACCGAAAUAAAAUACCAAAUCCACCUCGCCUACUACCGCUACGAAAUCAACACCGCACUCUACGUAAUGUCUCCCGGCGAGAAGACAGCUUUCAACAUCCUCUUCCUCAGCUUGAUCAUCCUGCUAGCCUCUGGAAUCUACUACUACCUCCCGCGAGCGACCGUGUUUGGACUCCACAGAUUGGCAUACUACUUGACCGGGACACAUAAGUUGGUUGCGGCUCCGGGGCCUGAUGUCUCUCAAGGGUUUUUGCAACGGACUGUUGCUGGCGAGGCGGUUGCGACUUUGGGUGGCCAGGCGAUGAGGGUGGUUAAUGCUAGUGGGACGUUGGUGGGGUGAAGGCAUGGGUUGGGGAGGGAGGAGUUAAGACAUCAUUAACCAUGAAGCAUGAAUGGAGGGCUGCAGCACAAUGGGAGAGACGUCCUUGCACUGGCCGAUGAUCGAGAGAAAAACACGACACGAAACGAAUGACCAACAAUUCCCCGCUCCAGCUUUUUGUCUGUCGAGCACGCGAGUCUUUCCGCAUAGCAUGGAUAUGAUUUUAGGGAGUUAAAGAAUUGGUUACAAGCGGGAGCGAGUGCAGCGAGGACGUUUGGGAUGCUUGGCUUGGAUAGAAUGGAACUUGCUGGGAAGAGCCUCAGAAUAGGAGAAAGAGCAGACAGAAUCAAUAAUGAGAAGUGCUAUACAGUAAACCU